AUGAAAUAUUUAAGAUUCCUUAUGCUGUUAAAUUUUGAUAAUAUCAAUUUGCAUUACUAUUAAUAAUUUAGGUAUUUGUUGUAUUAGAAAAGAGAGGAAAACUACAAAGAAAUUCAAUAUUAUGGUAAUCAAUUUGAAGGGUUUUAAAGUUUCAGUUACAUUAGAUUUAAUCUGUUGAUUACAAAAGACUACUCAUAAUAAUAAUUGAUACUUUUGAUUGUGAUUACUUAUAAAUAAUUACAAUUUAAUAUGUUGGCUUCAAGAUCUGAUUCUCAAUUAAGAAGUCUUGAAAAUCCAGAUAAAUAAACGAUGAGAGGAGAAUCUUCCAAAAGAAGUGAUAAAUUGCUUGAAAUUCCAAGAAAAAAGCUCAAUAUGAGGCUGUAUACUGAGCAGGAACAAAAGAUUUAGAAUUUAAUUAAUUCUAAAACAGUUACAAUUAGUAUUAUUGCAUUGGUCGGAAUAUAUGCAAUUUUAAUUUUUGUUAUUGUAGCUUUAGAGGAAUUGAUGGAUGAGACAUAAUUCAACAAUGUGUCUGUAAUACUGAGUUGGAUAGAAUUAGGAAUCCUAAUUGUUUUCAUUUUAGAAAUAGCAGUUGGUUUAUAUGCAUGGGGUGUGAUGAAAUAUUACAAAGAUAAAUGGUUGAUUUUGGAUACUCUCAUUAUAUUAUUGUCUCUCUUUUUUGUGAUCUUUGAAUUGGCAGAUUAGAAAACAUCAAAUGUAGUCAAAGUAAUCUAGGCUGUAUUUCGAUUUUUACGAAUAUUUCUACUUAUAAGAAAGGCUUAAACUUUCAGAAGACUCUCAACAAUGUCUACUAUCUCUACACCAGCUGAAAAGAUUGUCCGAUUCUUAUCAGAAUUGAAAGAAGUGAUCGAACUUGAAAGUAUGAAAUUAGAUAUCGAUUAUUGCAUUGAUAAAAUAGGUAACAACUAAUUGUAUUAAAUGGGAAAGUUGGAUGAUGAUAAUGCUGAAGCUAUGGGUUGGUUGAAUCAAAGUCAAUAGGGUAAAAGUAGUGUGAGGAAAAUUGUCACAGUUGAAUAACAAUAGUAACAGAAAAAAGUACUAGCCAACUUUUAAAGAUUGAACAUUCCCAAAAGAGUGCUAGAACUGUUAGACAAAUAACAUGAUGAUUUAUAUAUUGAUCCAUUUGAGUGUGACAAAUUAAGUGGAGGGGAAGGUUUGGUGUAUUUAAUGUUGUUUCUCUUUGAAAAUUACAAUCUCUAUGAUGUGUUCUUGAUUAAACCCAAAGUUGUCAGAAGUUAUUUCGAGGAAGUAAUGAGGGGAUAUCAAGACAACCCAUAUCAUAAUAGAGUGCAUGCAUAAGAUGUGGCAUAAACAUGCAAUUUUUUGUUGAAUAGAUGCAAAUUUAUUGAGAUUGGCUAAUUAGAUGAAUAAGAUAUAGCUUGUGUUCUAAUUGCAGGUGCCAUUCAUGACUAUGGACAUCCUGGUCUAACGAAUGCCUUUCUUAUUAAUAGUAAAAAUGAGUUAGCAUUAACUUACAACGAUUAAAGCGUUUUGGAAAUGUUUCAUCCAUCCUAAUGCUUCAAAAUCGCUUGGACAAACCAGAAAGCAAAUAUCUUUGAAAGUCUGACAUUUCAAAAAUACAGAAGGAUUAGAGAAUCUAUUAUCUCGAUGGUUUUAUCCACUGACAUGGCUCAUCAUGCUUCUGAAUUAGCCAUAACCAAUAGUAGAGUGGCAGCACCCGACUUUGAACCAUACGGGAAGGAUAAACAAAGAUUAAUGGAUUUGGUUGUUCAUUCUUCAGAUGUAUCAAAUCCAACUAAAAGCUUUGAAAUCUACAAGUAGUGGACAGAGAGAGUUCUGACAGAGUUUUGGUUACAGGGAGAUAAAGAACGAGAACUCGGCUUGCCUAUCUCCUAUCUUUGCAAUAGAUAUACAACCAACAUGGCAGAGGCCUAACUGGGCUUUAUUGAUUAUGUGGUCAAACCAACAUUUUCUUGUGUUCAGGGUUUUCUUCCAGCUUUUGAGCCUUAUCUCGAAAAUCUAGAUAAGAAUAAGGCUAAAUGGCAAGAACUUGUUGGGUACUACAAACAAUAAUUGGCCUCCAUUUAAACUUAAUGA